AUGUCCCGCCCAGCAACUCCGGGCGGGUUCAACCUCCGCCGCACUCCCCUCCCACAAAGUGGAGCAGCUUCGCGAGCAGGUACACCACUCGCGGCCAAGCACGUCAUCUCGCUAGGAGAUUGGGAGGCGCGCGCACCUCUCUCGGACGAUGAGGUCCAGAGCAUCACCCUCAUCAAGGAGCGCUUCAGCGAACGCCCAUUACCCGACAAGUUCUCCCAAGCUGAUGGGUCACGGCCCGGGACCCCACGCAAUAGGCAGGUCGAGCGGAUAGUGCACUCGCGGGCUGGGAGUGCGAGCGCCCCACCCACUUCGCCUGGCACACCAGUGCCGUCGGGGCUGUCACAAGAUGCGCUGCAUCAGCUCGCCAUCGUUACACCCCAGCAGUUCCACGACCACUUUGCGGCGCUGGCACUAUCCGCAGAACACGAGCAAGACAGCCUGUAUCGGGAACACCUGGCAGAGAUAUCGGGACUAAGGGAGAAAUGCGAUGGGCUCAUCGAGCUGCUUCGCGAGGGCGAGGGCGAGGUCGGCGAUAUGCUCAAGGCCCUCGAGUACGUCGAGGAGCGCAGCGAGAGCCUGCGCGGCGCCUGCGAGGAUCUGUUGGAGGAACAGACGCACCUCUUGACGCACACGUCAGAGCUUGCGCACCGGUUGGGAUACUUCACCUUCCUUGACACGGCGCAGCGCAUGCUCAACAAUCCCGGCAACGAGCUGGUGCUGCACCCCGACUUCUUGCCAAUGGUGCAGCGCCUGGACGAGUGCAUCAGCUACCUUGGAGAGAAUCGCGACUUCAAGGAUGCUGAGCUGUACCUCAUCCGCUAUCAACAGUGCAUGACGCGGAGCAUGACUCUCAUCCGUCUCCACUUUGUCGCGGCCAUCAAGGCCCUCGGUAUGGAGAUCGGGAGGCGCGUGUCAGACAAGUCGCUAUCCGAGACAGUCAGGCGCGGCCUCGUCUACAACCGCUUUUCGUCGCUGUCGGCAUCCUUGCGGCCGCUCAUUGCCGAGCUCGAGCAACGCAUCAGUGCGAACAAGGACGAGCUACCACUCAUCCUGGCGGAUUGCCACACCGCUUACGUCUCGGUACGACAAGCGUUGAUCGGCCCACGCGUCGCAGAGGAAAUAGCAAGACUCGACCCAAUGCACAGCGAGCUCGUCGACCUCACUCGCGCCGGAUGCAGCUACUUGAAGCAGACGUGCCAGGACGAGUUUGAGCUUUUCAAGCAGAUUUUCCUCUCGGGCGAGGCGCAGUUGUACGGCUUCCUCGAGGGUCUCUGCGAUCACCUGUAUGACCACAUCAGGCCACGCAUCCUGCACGAGCCGUCCCUCACCGUCCUCCAAGAGGUCUGCACUGUGCUACAGGCCUUGAUGGUGCAGGACAUCGGCGAUGACGAUGACGAUGACGAGGUUCUCAUCUUUACCCCUUCCUCAGCCGGGUUUGCCUCUCCGAUGAUGGACCGCGACGAUUACUUCGGCGGCCUCUCGCCAACCAGCCCGAAGCUGAGUCUGCGCCGCAUGAGCUCCGCCGUUUCUGGCACACGAGGUGGCUCGCAUGCGCAGACGCCCGUACCGCGCAGGCGCAGGAAGCCGCUCACGAGGCUACACACUGAGAUCCUCCUCAAAAUGGUUCUGCAGGACGCGCAGACGCGUCUCGUCUUCCGUGCCCAGGCCCUCAUCCAGUCCGACGUGCAGUACUACGCUGCGAAGCCCGGCGAUCUCGACUACCCCGAAAAGCUUCAGUCAGAACCUGCUGGUCAGCCUCUUGUCCGCAGAACGGUCAACCUGUCGCUCGACGACGACGACGACGACGAGCCCGCGUUCUUAUCCUUGCCGCCACCAGACGGGCAGGAGACGUGGUACCCCACAUUACGGACGACGCUCUCUGUGCUGUCGUCUCUCUACACGCACAUUGACGAGGUCGUGUUCGUGGAUCUCGCCCAGGAGGCGGUGUUGACUUGCCGCCGUUCGUUGUCAGCAGCAGCAGACAUCAUAGGUGCCAAGAAGGACAAAGGAGUGGACGGGCGUCUGUUCCUCGUGAGACAUCUCCUUAUAUUGAAGGAGAUGACGGGGGGUUUAGAUCUCGGCAGGGCGAGCCGCCACCGCGACUGGCAUGGGAUGACCGACUUCCUCCGAGCGCUCAUGGAGAACGUCUCGUCUCUUGUUGGAUACGGGCGAGGGACGCCCCGUGGCGACUUUGCGCCAGACGCAAAGACGGAUCUCGACAAGGAACUGAAGCGCGCGUGCGAGGAUCUCAUCGAGCGUUGUACCCAGGCCGCGACCGCGCCCUUGCGCGCGUUCAUAGACCGGUGCACCGGACAUCUGUCAAGUCACCGUGGUAAGCUCGCGGAGCAGGAGUGGGCCAAGCCCGCCGCCGUGGCUGCCGUUCACGACGAGUUUCGCAAGACGGCCGAGGACGAGCUGCUGCGUUGGCAGCGCGAGCUCAUGAUGUACCUCCAGGACGAGGAGACUGUGCGGGUGCUCGUCCCACCAGCGCAGCUCAGCAUUGUUGACACAUAUCGUCACUUCCACGAUCUCGUGCGGUCAGAGUACGACUUUUCGACUGCGGCUGCGCUGAGUACACCGUCGGCUGUUUCCGCGCAGCUCGAGGCGCCACUGCGUGGCUAG